AUGUCGAAAAGUUCAGAUAUAGAGCGAUUCAUAAAACCUUGGUCGCUACCACCAAAGAAAAAUUAUGUCUUUACACAUGCCAAUUUGGUCGAUGUUGCAGAACAAAGAAUCAUUGAGGAUGCAAAUAUUUAUGUUAUAAAUGGAAUCAUCCGUCAUGUCAUUUCUUUUAGAGAGUCCUCUUCAGAUAAAAAAUCGGAAUUAGACGAUACAGAAGACUAUAAAGUCGUUGAUCUCGAAGGAAAAUUUGUUUGUCCUGGAUUCAUUGAUGCUCACAUUCACAUUGUUGCUGUCCCCGGUGAAGCCAAUUUAAAGUCUGCACUCAGCCUUCCGUUUCCUGAUGUUAUCUUGCGUUAUCACAACCUUUGUAAGCAAAUCCUAGAAAAAGGCUUCACUGCUGUCAGGGAUUGCGGUGGAGCUGAGGGGUUUAUCCGUAAUGCUAUAGAGGAAGAUAUAAUUCAUGGACCUCGAUUAUUCUUUGCAGGCAAUGCUCUUUCGCAAACCGGUGGUCAUGGUGAUUUUCGUGAUCCAAAAACAAAUACGCCACAUGAGGAUGCUUGUGCUUGUCAAAGCAAUGCUCCUGCGACAAUAUGCGACGGCGCAGAUGAAUGCUUAAAGGCGGCCCGAAAUCAGUUAAGAAAAGGUGCUGAUUUUAUAAAAAUAAUGGCCGGAGGUGGAGUUGCUUCUGAAUCAGACAAGUUGUCUUCGGUUCAAUUUAGUCCACAAGAGAUUCAGGCUAUUGUACUAGCUGCUAACAAUCAUGGUACAUAUGUUACUGCACAUGCAUAUACACCUCAAGCUAUACGUCAAUGCGUAGACAAUGGUGUACGAGGGAUCGAACAUGGUAAUUUGAUUGAUGAAUCGACAGCAAAAUACAUGGCUAGUCGUGAUGCGUAUCUCACACCUACUCUUGUCACGUACAAGGCAAUGGCAAGUAAUCAACUCUCCAAUUUUCUUCCCGAGAACUCACGGAAAAAGAACGAAGACGUUUUGGAAUCUGGAAUAAAGUCUUUGGCCAUCGCAAGAGACGUCGGUGUCAACAUUUGUUAUGGAUCCGAUCUACUUGGACCCCUCCACGCCGUACAGACUAAAGAGUUUGUUUUGCGUUCGUCUGUAUGUACACCUGGGGAAAUAUUACAACAAGCUACAAUAAACCCAGCUAAACUUUUUGGUAUGGAAAACGAGCUUGGACAAAUCAAAGCUGGAUUCUAUGCAGACCUCUUGGUUUUCAAUGGAAAUCCUUUGGAGGAUAUAUCUAUACUAGACAGCCCCGAGCGUUAUUUGCUAGUCGUCAUGAAGGGAGGAAGAAUAUACAAGAGUAGGUGGACAAAGUUGCAAGACGAUAUAACUAUCAAUGACGCUAUUCUCUAA